UACUAUACACAAGGUGGCGCUAACCAACCACCAUUAAACACCAGAGAAGAAGAAUAAGUGGAAUCAGUUCCGGUUCAAGGUCCUCAACGUGGUUCCUGAUGUUUUUCAGCCUGUGGAUUUGGUAGCGGAGUAGUUUAUUGACUGUGAAGGAAAACAGAAGUAAAAUGGGGGAGUUUAAGGUGCACCGUGUCCGUUUCUUCGACUACAUGCCCAGUGCCAUCCGAGCCAUGGCGUUUAACAGGCAGUCUGAACGGCUGGCUGUGGCCCGGGCUGACGGGGCCGUGGAGAUCUUCAACUUCUCUGACAAUUACUUCCAAGAAAAGGUGAUCCCAGGUCAGGAUAGCAGGGCUGUGGAGGCUCUGUGUUGGGUGGACCAGCGUCUGUUCAGUGGCGGUCUGAAUGGAGAGAUCACAGAGUACGACCUGGAGAACCUGAAGCCCAGAUACACCGUGGCAGCCUAUGGAGGACCGAUCUGGACCAUCAGUAGCAACAACCAGGGAACAAUGCUGGCACUGGGCUGUGAGGACGGGACAGUGAAGAUGUUUGAAGUACUAGCGGAGAAGGUUCAGUUUCAGAGAAACUUCGACAGGCAGAAAGGUCGUAUUAUAUCUCUGUCCUGGCAUCCAUCUGGUACACUGAUUGCUGCUGGCAUGAUGGACAUGAUCAGAGUCUUUGAUGCUGAGACAGGCCACGCCACACACAGACUGCUGGUGGAGAGAGGUGUCGGAGCAUCCAAGAGCAGAGAGGUGGUGGUGUGGAGUGUUGCCUUCCUGUCUGACCACACCAUCAUCAGUGGUGAUUCUGCAGGAAAGGUCCAGAUCUGGGACGGAGUCACAGGAACUCUGCUGAGAACUCACUUGGUUACCAAGUGGGAUGUCCUGGCUCUCUCUGUUUCUCAGGAUCAGAGCAGUCUGGUAGCUGGGACGUCAGAGGGCACCGUCAUCCAGUUUCAGUUAAUCUCCUCCACUGUGGGACAGCAGGAUAAGGAGUGGGUCAGAACCAGGACCUUUAAAAACCAUUCACAUGAUGUGAGGGCACUCGCCCACACUGAGACUGCUGUGGUUUCUGGAGGUAUGGACACUCAGCUUGUAGUGCGACCCCUGCUGGACAAGGUGGAGAAGAACACGCAGGAGUCAUCGCUGCGCAAAAUAGUUUUCCCACAUAGAAGUCUGGUUUGUUGUGCAAAGAAAGCAGGACUGCUGCUCUUCCAGUUCCCUGAACAUUUAGAGCUGUGGAGGUUAGGAGAGAGUGAAGGUCAUGGAAAACCUGGUGACAGUCUAACUGUGAAGACAAAACCAGAGAAACUGAUCCAGCUGAAGCGGAAGGGAGAGGAUCAUAUCUGCUGCAGCGCUCUGUCUCCAUGUGGAGGCUGGAUGGCGUACUCGACUGUCUCCAGUGUCCGUCUCUACAGAUUACAGUACAACAACAACAACAUCGGCAUCACCAAGGUGUCCAGACUACCUAAAGACCUUUGUUCAGUCCAUCAGCUCUGCUUCUCCUCUGACUCCUCCAAACUCUUUGCUUCCUCCAGUCAUUCUUCAGUCAUUGUUGUUGCCCUCAACCAACAGGAGUGCACAUACCUUCAUACCCUCAAACCCAAGUCAAGCUCCAGACAGCCAGUCCACCUGCUGUUUGCCAGUGAGGAUGGCAAGUGGCUCGCCACAGCAAACACUGACUGUGAGAUCCACAUCUACAACCUGGACAAACUGAAGCUUCACUGUACAGUUCCAGUGUACAGCUCCUAUCCCACUGCCAUAGCCAUCCACCCACUGACCAGCAACCUUGUGGUGGUUCAUGCUGACCAACAGAUCUUUGAAUACUCUCUGGAAAAGAAGGAGUAUACAGAGUGGAGUCGGAAGCUGCAGAAACUAGGACUUCACUCUCUGUGGUUGGAGAGGGACACACCUGUAACCCACAUCACCUUCAACUCCAGAAACCCAGCUCACAUCAUUCUACAUGACAUGUUCAUGUUCUGCAUCAUUGACCAGAGUCUGCCACUUCCUGAAGCAAAGACUCUGCUCUACAACCAGAUGACACUGAGGAGUGUUCCAGAGCCAGAGAGGAUCAGACACAGUCACGCCUUUAAAAUCUGCAAGAACUUCCAGCACCUCUUGUGUGUGAGGUUAUUGGAGGACCACUCUCUGGUUGUGGUUGAACGCCCCUUGCUGGACAUCAUGUCUCAGCUGCCUGCACCUGUCAGACAGAAGAAGUUUGCCACAUAAAGGAGAGGGCAGGUUUCCCGAAGGCAUCUCAGGACAGAUGUUCAUACCAGAGGAAAGGAUUGUUACCAUGUUAAUUCACUUGACCUCCUCACCUGACAUCUAAAUUCAUUUUUAACAAGUAUUAUUGUGUGACUAUGUUUUGUUUGUAUGUAUGUUUUGAUAAAGUAAUAAAUAGAACUAUUUACUGUCA